AGUCCAAGAACCAAAAAGAAGAAGCAUUCAGCAUCCUUCAGACAUUGAACUGUUGCUCCGAGACUAUCAGAGGGCACGAGAGGAAACCAAAUCUGAAAUUGCACGAGCUCGGGAAAAACUUCGGGAGAGAGCUGAGCAAGAAAAAAGGCGUAUACGGGAGCAAAUAUUUUCUCAGUUACAGAAGGAAGAAGCAAGGCUGAAGACUCUUGCAAGUACAAGCACUUUAUGCACAGACUCCAGCCUCAGCCUCUCCUCUGGCCCAACGUCUGGUUACAACAGCAGUAAUACUGCUACAUAUGCUGCAAGUAACCUCCGCAGCCAGGAAGGACAGGUUUCUUCUGGAAAUGCUUUACUUUCAAGAGAUACACGAGGUCGUUCAGCUGUUAGAAACAGUCAGCUUUAUGUGUUAGAGCAACUACAGAAGGAUUCAACACUUGAAACCAGCAGAAUUCAGCCACCCCUUACUUCUACUAGCAUCAGCUGUAGGUUCACUCAUGGACUAACUAUUUCCGUCAGCUCCUCUUCAACAAAAGGAUACCAAGAUUUAUCCAAACAUAUCUUGGCUAACGCUACCACUGAGGUAAUGGCAGCAUGCUCUCAUAACCUGAGGAAUCUCUACACGUGCCAAGCAGCAGCUGGUUGGAAAUAUCAAUGUACAGAAAAAGAGGUGCUGGUUUACUACAAAGUCUUUCCUUCAGCAACAAGGCACGGGUUUCUGGGAGCAGGAGUGAUAGAAAGACCUCUUCCCUAUGUGUGGGGACUGGUGAGAGACCCUGGCAAAAGACAUCUGUACGACAGAACUAUCAACACAGCUCGAAUACAUAAGAAGGUAACCAGCCAUAUUCAUCUGGUGUAUUUAGUGACUGAUACCUCCCUAUGUUACCUAAAACAACCCCGGGAUUUCUGCUGCAUUACUGUAGAAGCCAAAGAGGAGAACUUGUCUGUCUUGGCUGUUCAGUCUGUCUAUGAUGCAUCCAUGCCUCACCCUUGUAAAGAAGUGGUGAGAGGGGAGAUUUUGCCAAGUGCUUGGAUACUGGAACCUGAUGUAGUGAAUGGAAGAGAUAUCACCAGAGUUAUUUACAUGGCACAGGUGGAUCUUGGUGCCCCAGCUAUCCCUGCAAGGCUCCUGAGUUCCAUCGCUAAGCGACAGCCCCUGGUGAUUGCUCGACUGGCACACUUUCUUGCUAGUUAG